CGUAAUUUGCCUUGGUUCAAAAUUUUAUUACAUCGAAAACUAAUCAUACCGCGAAUUCCUGUCGGCCACCGCAGCUUGAUGACUCUCAUAUGGUUCGAAUCGCUGCCCCGUUCCGCCGGUCGCGUCCUUCACGUUCAUCGCUCGAACACGUUGCUCCGAAGCAGCAGCCGUCGAGGUCGAAGGCAACGCCUCGUUUCUCAUCGCUACUUCAUCACCGCGAGAGUCCACGCUACAUCAUAAUCCGUGCCCGUCAUGUGUUCGCUCAAUGUCUCCACUGGAGCUCGAGCAGCUUGGACUCGAAGCAAGUGGGUAGUUGCUGGGCCGUUCACUUGGACAAGCCGUCGCUCCUCGAAGGGUCUUCGAGUGUCCGGUCUUUAUCAUUGAAAGGCGGCGAGAAGCUCCAUGCUAGGCGGAUUCUGGGAAUUGGUCUCUCGGGUCGUGAUACUGAUGGCGCGCGUAAGGUCUUUGAUGAUAUGCUUACGAGAAGAAUAGCUGCUUGUGUUGCCAACAAGCUGAGUAGUGAAGCAGUGGGCCUACUUUGUCGGAUGAUAGCUGAAAAUAUUCGUCCUGAUGAGAACACGUUCGCUUCGGUUUUGAAAGCUUGCUCUGGGAAUAGAAUUGCCCUCCAUUUCGUCAAAGAGAUUCAUGGUAAAAUUGUUUGCCAUGGUUUUGGGACUAGCCCGUUGGUGUGUAAUCCGCUAAUCGAUCUGUAUUCCAAAAAUGGGUUCAUUGAUGAUGCCAAAAGGGUUUUUAGAACGUUGCGCUCUAGGGACAGCAUUUCUUGGGUGGCGAUGAUUUCUGGCUUUUCUCAAAAUGGUCGUGAGAGAGAAGCUCUUCUUUUAUUCUGUCGGAUGCAUAAUGAUGCAGUUCGGCCAACACCGUAUCUUCUCUCCAGUACACUGAGUGCCUGCACAAAGAUUGAUCUGUUCAAGCUUGGAGAGCAGGUGCAUGGUCUCAUUUUAAGGUGGGGAUUCUCCACUCAAAUUUGCGUAUGUAAUGCUCUCUUAACAUUGUACUGUCGAGCCAAAGAUUGGAUGUCUGCUGAGCUUAUAUUUAGUGGGAUGGAAUUUAGAGAUGGUGUGUCGUAUAACUCACUUAUAGCUGGGCUCGCUCAACAUGGACUUUGCGAUGAAGCUGUGAAGUUAUUUCACAGUAUGCUGGCUGAUUGCUUGAAACCAAACCAUGUUACUGUAGCAACGCUCCUGAGUGCUUGUGCUGAUGCAGGGUAUCUCCGGAUAGGAGAACAGCUUCAUUCAUAUGCAGAAAAAACGGGAAUUCUGUCUGACAUUGUUAUUGAAGGUUCCCUGCUUGAUCUGUAUGUCAAAUGCUCUGACAUAGAAACUGCACAUAAAUGCUUUCUCUCAACUAAUAGACAGAACGUGGUUUUAUGGAAUCUGAUGCUUGUAGCUUUUGGUCAGUCAGACAAUUUGAUUGAGUUGCUUGAGAUACUUAGAAAGAUGCAGAUUAAAGGCAUUGUGCCAAAUCAAUAUACAUUCCCAAGCAUACUUAAAACCUGCAUCUCUUUGGGAACUCUCUACCAAGGUGAACAAAUACACUCUCAUAUCAUCAAGAAUGGAUUUCAGCAUAAUGUGUAUGUCUGCAGCGUGCUAUUAGAGAUGUACGCCAAAUGUGGAAAGUUAGAUAGUGCUCGAAAUAUUCUUAGUAGACUUACCGAGGAAGAUGUUGUCUCUUGGACGACAAUGAUUGCGGGGUAUGUACAGCACGAUUUAUUUGGUGAAGCUUUACAACUUUUCAAAGAAAUGCAGAACCAAGGCAUCCAAUUAGAUAAUAUUGGAUUAUCAAGUGCCAUCACCGCAAGUGCUGGUAUCCCAGCACUCCAUGAAGGACGCCAGAUACAUGCUCAGUGCUGGGUCUCUGGUUUCUCACUUGAUCUUUCAAUUGGAAAUGCACUCCUUAGUCUUUACAGUAGAUGUGGUAGAAUAAAAGAAGCAUAUUCAGUAUUUCAGAAGGUUGAUGUUGAAGAUAAUGUAUCAUGGAAUGCACUGAUAUCUGGCUUUGGACAGAGUGGUUGUCAUGAGGAGGCACUGCAGGUUUUUGCUCGAAUGAAUAAAGCUGGAGUUGAGGCUAACUUGUACACCUUUUGCUCUGCCGUAAAAGCUGCUGCUAGCACAGCAAAUAUGAUAUUCGGGAGGCAGAUUCAUGCUGCAAUGAUAACAACAGGCUAUUAUUCCAAAACUGAGGCUUCCAAUGUCUUGAUCACAUUGUAUGCUAAAUGCGGCAGCAUUUGUGAAGCCAAAAGGGAAUUUGAUGACAUGCCUGAAAAAAAUGAGGUUUCUUGGAAUGCCAUGAUACAUGGUUAUUCUCAGCAUGGAUAUGGUGUAGAAGCAGUGAAUUUGUUCGAUCAAAUGAUGCGGCAAGGAAUGACACCAAAUUCCAUUAGCUUUGUGGGAGCUUUGUCUGCCUGCAGCCAUGUUGGAUUGGUAGAGAAAGGACUCAAGUAUUUCGAGUCUAUGAAAGUAGACUUUUGUUUGGUGCCAGAUCCUGAACACUAUGUCUGCAUCGUGGAUCUUCUUGGUCGUGCAGGCCAUCUGAGACGUGCCAAGAAGUUUGUGGAGGAGAUGCCAAUAGAACCAGAUGCCAUGAUUUGGAGGACUCUAUUAAGUGCCUGCACAAUUCAUAAGCACGUGGGAAUUGGUGAAUUUGCCGCUUGCCAUCUUCAGGAGAUGGAACCUGAAGAUUCGGCUGCAUAUGUUCUCCUAUCAAAUAUGUAUGCGUUAACUGGAAAAUGGGAUCUCAGAGAUUCAGCAAGGCGAGUGAUGAAAGAGAGAGGUGUGAAGAAAGAACCAGGUCGAAGCUGGAUAGAGGUCAAAAACUCGGUCCAUGCCUUCUAUGUGGGUGACAGACUACACCCAUUGACAGAUGAGAUAUACAAAAACCUGGGGGAUCUGAAUUCACGGGCAGCAGAAAUUGGUUACGUGGAAAAACAAUGUAGCCUGUGGAGUGAUGCUGAGCAUGGACAAAAAGACCCUAUGAGAUUUGUUCACAGUGAAAAAUUGGCCAUUGCUUUUGGUCUUCUUAGCUUGCCUGAGUUGAUCCCAGUUCGGGUAAUAAAAAAUAUUCGUAUCUGUGACGACUGUCACAAUUGGAUCAAAUUUGUCUCAAAGAUAUCGAGCCGAACUAUCAUUGUGCGAGAUGCAUAUCGCUUUCAUCACUUCGAUGAUGGUCUUUGUUCAUGUAGAGACUAUUGGUAAUGAAUGGCAGCAAAAAGUCAAUCAGGAACUGAUUCAGGGGAAUGGUAUUAACUUGUAACUCUCUGAGAUGAGAGGCACUUUCCCAGCCUUUUGGUUGGGAGUUUGAGCUGCAGAAAUAUAGGUUCUCUCCCAAUCAUCUGUCUCAAGAGGAUUUAGCUCACAAUUAACCUUUUUUCACACGACGACUCUAAAUUGCCUUGCUGCACUGAAAUUGGCCUCCACUGCCAAUCUGGCUUCUGCUUUUGUGAAGGUUCAUUCUUUUCCUUCCCAGGUGAGAGAGGAAAUUACUAAAUGUGUUUUCCCUCUCUCAGAACAGUCAGUGCACCAUGACAUGCUCUGGUUGUAACAACAGCUCUUUUCGCUCUGAUAAUCUGAUACUUCAUCAAAACUAUGGCAGGAGCAAUUACCUGUUUUACUCAAGCACAUAAUGGCAUCCUGGCUCAGCAAACCCUUUUCAGUCCCACAAGGUCAUUGUUGAUGAUAUCCAUGAUGCAUUCCUCUUAUGAAGCGGCGGCUAAAUGGUAUCAUGCGUGAAGGUGGAAGGGAACCAUUGGGUUAGCCUUGGCAAGAUUAAUGCUUCUAGGAUAAGUCACUUCUGCAACCUCCAUAAAAGUCCUGAAGUGAAGGUAAUGGGCAGCAGCAGCUAAGGAGAUACAGUAUGCCCAUUGAAUCCUUUCUGGUUAAAAGCUAAUGUAAGUUCCAUGCGCAUCGCUCUGCAAGUGGACGCUAUUCUGGGGAGUGAUCAAUGCCGACUUCUUCCAUUCAUUCUAAUAGAAGAAAAGCAGAAGAAAAGAGAACCUCAUAAAAGAAUCAUGAGGAGAAAGCUUUUGUGGGCGGAAAAGGAGGCAAUUCGUGAGAUUAGGAGUGUAUCCUCCUGUGCUGCGUUUCUAUUCCACAUGAAUUGCUUAAAAUGUCCAAAUGAGCAGGUCUGCGCGACUUGCUGUGGAUGUUCUUCGCCUAAAGUAGAUGCAGAGGCGGGAAUAAUGGCAGCAGAGACUAUUGUUUCCUACAGAUCCGUAAACAGGUUCUCGUGUAUGGUCUUCGCCUCUUCUACUGCAUUUGAGAAAUUCACUUGGGGUGCACUAUA